AUGAAAGAAAGCGCUGCAAGGCCCGAGGAAAAGGCUAGCAGGCGCUCUGCUAUCGCCAUUCCCCGAACUAUGAGCCUCCUUGUGUCGUCCUAUCACCUGCAGCCUAGGCCAAGGGGGUGGAGAGGCAUGACCAUGGCUGCAACUAAGGAGCGGGGACGACAUGACACCUCCACUCCGUCAAAGCAAGUUAAAUUGCACAGUCUAGGCGCCGACGGAGCUCCUGUUCAUCCCAGUGCACUCUUAUCUUUUCCCUUAGAGGACAACAACAAGGAAGAGGAGGAAGGUGAACCUCCAAUCACAGGAAACCUGCCAUCGCGUCUCGGCCGUCGCGAGGCGCGCAGACCUGGCAACUGGUGCCCUCUGAGCUCUGAGUGGACUGUUGCAAGUUCGCAUACCCCAACUCGAGAUGGAAAUACCAAGCGAUGUGGUUCUUGGAAAGUUGCCGCCGGGUGA